AUGGCUUUCCGGGAGAAUGGGAACCAGACUGCAGUGACAGAGUUCAUUUUAUUGGGAUUCACAGAUGACCCAGUCCUUAAAGUCAUCCUCUUCACCAUCAUCCUGUGCAUCUACCUGGUGACCAUGUCUGGGAACCUCAGCACCAUCCUUCUCAUCAGAGUCUCUUCCCAGCUCCAUCAUCCCAUGUACUUUUUUCUCAGUCACUUGGCUUCUACUGACAUAGGCAUCUCAUCUUCUGUCACCCCCAAUAUGCUUGCUGGCUUCCUGGUAAAUCAAAGUACCAUCUCAUAUCUUGGAUGCUUUAUACAGUUUAGCUCAGCUGCUUUUUUUGGAACACUUGAAUGCUUCCUUCUGGCCACCAUGGCUUAUGAUCGCUUUGUAGCAAUAUGUAAUCCACUGCUUUAUUCAACCAAAAUGUCUACACGAGUUUGUGUCCAGUUGCUUGCAGGAUCUUUUAUAGGGAGUUUCCUUAACGCUUCUUCUUUUAUUCUUUCCUUCUUUUCUCUUCUCUUCUGUGGACCAAAUAGAGUCAAUCACUUUUUCUGUGAUUUGCCUGCUUUGAUAGAGCUCUCCUGUUCUAGUGGCAAUGUCCCAACAGUUCCUGUCUUAUUCUGUUCUUCCUUUGUCAUUAUAGUGACAGUGUUUGUCAUAGCCAUCUCCUACACCUACAUCCUCAUCACCAUCCUGAGGAUGCGCUCCACUGAGGGCCGCCAGAAGGCCUUCUCCACCUGCACCUCCCACCUCACUGCAGUCACUCUCUACUAUGGAACCAUCACCUUCAUCUAUGUGAUGCCCAAGUCCAGCUACUCCACAGACCAAAACAAGGUGGUGUCUGUGUUCUACAUGGUGGUGAUCCCUAUGCUGAACCCCCUCAUUUACAGCCUCAGAAAUAAUGAGAUGAAGGGUGCUCUGAAGAGACAGCUUGGUAUGAAAAUAUUCUCUUAA